AUGUUCCUGGCCAAAGCUCUAUAUGACAAUGUAGCUGAAACACCAGAUGAGUUGGCCUUCCGUCGUGGUGAUGUUAUAACUGUGAUAGAACAGGACCCUGGUGGUCUGGAGGGAUGGUGGCUAUGUCAUUUACGUGAUAAACAGGGCAUAGCUCCUGGAAACAGACUGAAAAUUCUCUCUGGUAUGAUUGAUAAAGAGAAGGACAAGGAUAAUAUAUAUAGCUCACCUAAAUCCAGUCCACGUAACAGUUGGGAUGCUUUAAAGCGCACUCUUAAACAACUUUCAACUGACUCUGGGCUGGAUUUAUAUGACUCUCCACAAAAGCCUAAACCUGUGUUACAAAAUUCAUUUAUUGAAGAUUAUGAUGUGCCUAAGGGAGGAACAUUGAAGGCCAACAAAUCAAAUUCUCGGAGAGGCAGCUUAGAGCAUGCUAUAGAUGAUAUUUAUGAUGUGCCUAAAAAUAACGCUCCACGUGUCGUUUUAAACACCAACACAGGAAACCUGUCAUUUAGUCGUGCAGUGAGUGAUCCAGUGAGUCCUAUGAAUGUUUAUGAUGUUCCUCCACAAGUUACUCGAGACUCAGUUAUAUCUGCUAAAUCAGACUCCUCAGAGGAAGGUCAACGUUUAUCUUCAUGUAGUACAGACUCUAGACUAUCUGAUAUACCAAUAUAUGAUGAGUUGUUACUGGAUUUGGAUUCAGCUCUUGAAAGACUGGUUAAAGUACAACAAGAUGUGACUAAGUCCAUCAAUAAACUUUUAUCCUUCGUCAGCAGUACUUGGCGAAAGAAAGAAAGUCUGGAGACAAAACUUUACGAAAUUAAACUGGCAUGCACCAAUGUCAAAAAAUCUCUGAGUGAAUUUGUCCGGUUUUCUGAAGGUGCUCUAGGGAAUUCUACCAAAUUAGCUGAUAAAAAACUUGUUGGGAAACUUUACAAACAGUUGAAUCCCAUACAAAACAGUUUACAUAUGAUCACUGCUGCUAUGUUGUGUUUAGAAGAGGACAAGUGGCAAGUUGCUUUGCUUUCUGAACCCUUAAACUCCAGCAAACCAGAUAGUUUGGGUCAAAUUACUACCAUCUCCAAAGAUCUUACUGUAGAUGUCAGAAAGUUAGCUUCUUUCAUCCAAGGCAACUCAACUUUACUCUUCAAGAGAGCAUACGAAUCUUUAGCUGAAGACAUAUAUUCGAAUGAAGAAUAUGAUUAUGUACAAUUAGAAACCAAUGAUGCUGCUGCUCACCAGAAACUUAAAGAAGAAAUGGAAAAUAAAUCAAAAUCUUCCCCACCUGAAAUUCCGGUAAAAUCCAAGUCUUCAAUGACUUUAACUUCAAGUUCUAGUAUGGAAAGCAUUAAUUUGGACCCUAAUGACAAACAAGUUCUUGUGUAUUAUGGCGAACAGAUGGACACCCAUACAACAUUACUGUCCAAUGCCAUAGAUGCAUUCUUAAACUGUAUUGAAAGCAGUGAACCGCCCAAAGUUUUUAUUUCGAACAGUAAAUUUGUUGUGUUGUCUGCUCAUAAACUAGUGUAUAUGGGAGACACACUGCACAAAAACUUGAUAAACUCCCAAGUAAGAAAUCGUGUUAUGUUGUGUGCUAAUCAUUUGUGUGAUGUGCUAAAACAAUCUGUGGUGGCUACAAAAAGUGCCGCUUUACAGUAUCCAUCUGUGGCAGCUGUCCAGGAAAUGGUAGACCGAAUAAUGGACGUGUCUCAUGCUGCUCACAAUAUGAAAGUGACAAUAUCCCAAUCAGCAGCUUUAUAA